CUGGAAUUGUUCUUGAUGCAGACAACUAUCUUUUCAUUGUUGAUAGGGGGUAUCAACGUAUUGUUGGAGAAGGACCGAAUGGUUUUCGAUGUAUAAUUGGGUGUUCUGGUUCAUCACUCAAUAGUCCUCAAGCCAUGGCUUUUGAUAGUACUGGAAACAUCUUCGUCAUUGAUUCCUCCACGAGUCAAAUUGUAAAAUUUGAUUUGUUAACGAAUUUCUGUGAUGAUGUUACAACAACUGAGAAAACAAUAACAGUAACUAUGAAUAAUGUGACAAGUUCAUCAAAUAUAAUUACUUCUCAAUCAAAUAAUCUAAUAAUAAAUUCAUCAAAAAUUGUUUCGUAUAACCAACCAAAAUUCUGUCAAAAUACGUCAUGGGAUCAGAAUUCUACAACUUUUGCUAGCAACAGUACAAUAGGUACAAGUCCUUACAGUAUUUUUAUCAAUACCAACAACAUUGUCUAUGCGGUCGAUCGAACAAGCAAUAAGGUUCAAGCAUGGUUAAAUGGUAGUAUUAAUCCAACAACGAUAGUUUCUGCCAAUUUAUCAAAUCCGUUUGCAUUUUUUGUGACGACAACUGGUGAUAUUUAUAUUGAUAAUGGUGGCUCAAACGGUCGCGUAGAUAAAUGGGCAUUGAAUUCAAACAUUAGUGUACCUGCAAUGUAUAUUAGUAAAGCAUGUUACGGUCUCUUUAUUGAUAUUAAUGAUACUUUAUACUGCUCAAUGAAUUCUCUUCAUCAAGUUGUUACAAAAUCAAUUCAUAGUAUCUCAAAUACAUUAACUCUUGUUGCUGGUACAGGUUGUUCUGGAUCUGCAUCAAAUAUGCUUUAUAAUCCUCAUGGAAUUUUUGUUGACAUCAACUUAAAUUUAUAUGUAGCAGAUUAUGGUAACAAUCGAAUACAAUUCUAUCAAUCAGGACAAUUAAUUGGAACAACAAUAGCCGGAAAUGGAUCGUCAAUUACACUCUUUCAGCCAACUGGAAUUGUUCUUGAUGCAGACAAC